AUGCGCGCGGAGGCAACCGCGCUGUUUGUGGCUGGCGACAGGGACGACGACAGCACCCUCGGCGCCUUCAUCACUGCGGCCGCGCUCACAGGCACGGCCACAGACCCCACAGUCGAGGAGGCGCUGCAAUCAGCAGAGUCACAGCAGUGGCUGACGGCAAUCGACGACGAGUACCGCAGCCUGCUCAAGAACUGCACCUGGGAGGUCGAGGAGCUCCCUCCAGGUGUCAAGCCCAUUCCAGUCAAGUGGGUACUCAAGGCCAAGCGCGACGCCGACGGCAACAUCGAGCGCUUCAAGGCAAGGCUGGUGGCUAAGGGCUUCCACCAGCGCGAGGGCAUCGACUACGAGGAGACCUUUGCGCCAACCAGCCGCUACACCACCCUGCGCGUGCUGCUGGCGACGGCAGCGGAGCUGGACCUGGAGCUGGGACAACUGGACAUCAAGACCGCGUUUCUCUACGGGAAGAUCGACAAGGACAUUUGGAUCGAGCAGCCUCCGGGCUACGAGUUCGGUGGAGCUACAUUCGGCUGCCACCUGCUUCGGUCCAUCUACGGGCUCAAACAACCCGGCACUCUGGUGGCGCAUUGA